AUGUCAUUCAGAGCCAUGCUGAGACAAGAGAUGGCCUUUUUCGAUGAGGACAAGAACAGUACAGGUGUGCUCACUACCCGACUGGGUGAAGAUGCGUCUCUUGUUAGAGGUUUGACUGGCCAGACGCUAUCCUUGAUUAUUCAAGGAUUAUCGGCUGUGUGUGUUGGGAUGGGAAUCGCGUUCGCAAAUGGCUGGCAAUUGACCCUUGUCAUCCUUGCGAUUGUGCCAUUAAUCUCGCUAGCAGGCCAAUUCCAAUUCAGAGUACUUAAUGGAUUUGAUAGUAAAACCAAGCUGAAGUAUCAAUUAGCCGGACAGAUUGCCACCGAAGCGAUCGAAAACAUUCGAACAGUUGCUGCCCUUAAUAAGGAAGACUAUUGGCUGAAGCGCUAUUUGAAGGAGAUUGACGAGCCAUACAAACUAGCCGUCCGAGGAGCUUUGAUUUCUGCUAUUGGAUAUGGAUUCUCGCAGGGGAUGGGUUUUGUUGCGUACAUCAUAGGAUUUUUGUAUGGUGGUCAUCUAGUAGUGUGGGGUGUUCAAAGCUCCCAAAGCAUGCUUCAGGUGUUGUUUGCUGUGACGUUCACCGCUCAGGCUGGAACCCGGCUGAUGCUCUACACUCCAGACUUUUCAAAGGCGAAACUCGCUGCUUUGAGUAUAUUCGAUUUGGUGGAUCGUCGCUCCCGAAUUGACUACACUGAUGGAACUGGGAAGAAACCCACAUCAACUGAAGGAGUUAUUGCAGGCUCUGGCGUUCAGUUUACCUAUCCUUCAAGGCCCGAUGCACCCAUUUUGAAAGGACUGGAUGUUGCAGCAAACAAGGGCCAAGUCAUUGCACUCGUAGGGCCCUCCGGCUCCGGCAAGUCGACGAUCGUUGGUCUAUUAGAAAGGUGGUACGAUGUCGAUGCUGGUUUGGUUACUGUCGAUGGAAUUGAUGUUCGAGAUUGGAAUCUAUCAUUCAUGCGAGAACAGAUGUCGAUGGUUGGACAGGAACCGGUCUUGCCGUCAGGCACCAUCAGAGAUAAUAUCGCUUAUGGUGCACCUUGGGAAGCUACUCAAGCUGAAAUUGAAGCAGCUGCCAAGACUGCAAACAUCCAUGAUUUUGUAAUGAAACUCCCAGACGGCUACGACACGAUGGUUGGCGAAAGAGGAUCUCAACUGUCUGGUGGACAGAAGCAGAGGGUUGCCAUAGCACGAGCUUUGAUUCGUAACCCCAAGAUCUUGUUACUAGAUGAAGCUACUAGUGCUCUGGAUAGUGAAAGUGAAAAGUUGGUUCAGGAGGCACUUGACAAGGCUGUAACUGGAAGAACAACCAUCACCAUAGCUCAUAGAUUGAGUACCAUCCAAAACGCAAACAAGAUCUAUGUAAUCCGAGGCGGUGUGGUCGUUGAAACAGGGACUCACUUUGAACUGCUUGCACUUGGUGGAGACUAUGCAAAUCUUGUUGAACAACAAAUGUUGACCAAGGAGGGUCAAUCGUCGUAA